GUGAAGGAAUCAGAUGGUGUUGUUAACAAUGAACUGCCGAACUGCUGGGAAUGUCCAAAGUGCAACCAUGCAGGGAAAACUGGGAAACAAAAGCGUGGACCAGGAUUCAAAUACGCUUCGAAUCUCCCAGGCUCGCUGCUUAAGGAACAGAAGAUGACCAGAGAUAAUAAGGAAGUAGCAGAUGCAGCAAAAUGGAAAGGGGAAUGUGAAGAAACCCCCAGGCAGAAAUCUAAUGAACCUUCCAAAAAGCCCCCUGUUGCUUCUGUUUUGAGGAGAAAGUCAGAUGAAGUACAUAUGCAAAGAAAAAGAAAAUUUGAGAAACCCCAAGAACCUGCUAUGAGAAAACAGCUAAAACUUGGUAAAGAAGAUAAACUCUUCAGGAAAAAGAGGCGAACAUGGAAGGCUACAGAUGACCAACCUGGCAUGGCCAAACCCCUGUGGUGUUUUAAACAGGAACCUGAGGAGGAUCUGCCAGAAGCACCUCCAAAAGCCAAGGAGAGCGACCAGUCACAGUCAAAUUCUCCCACUGCGGGACCCAGCACUGAAAGUGCUGAGCCUAGGGACAAGAAGAAGACAAAGAUGAGGCGAAAAAGGCGUCUUCCAAAUAAGGAACUGAGCAAAGAGCUCAGCAAGGAACUCAAUCAGGAGAUCCAAAAAACCGAGAACAGCCUUGCCAAUGAGAAUCACCAACCCAUCAAAUCUGAGCCAGAGAGCGAGAAUGAGGAGCCCCAACGUGCUCUGAGCACUAGCGAGAGAUUCCACAGGUUCAGCAAAGGGUUAAAUGGGACUCCCAGGGAGCUGAGGCACCAGCUUGUGCCAAGACUGCGAAGCACACCUAGGGUGAUUACCCGGCCACCACCUUCACUCUCUCCUCCCAAAUGCAUUCAGAUGGAACGCCAUGUAAUCAGGCCACCCCCCAUCAGCCCUCCUCCUGACUCACUCCCUCUAGAUGAUGGGGCAGCCCAUGUCAUGCAAAGGGAAGUCUGGAUGGCUGUCUUUAGUUACCUCAGUCAUAGUGACUUGUGCAUCUGUAUGAGAGUUUGCAAGACCUGGAACAGAUGGUGCUGCGAUAAAAGAUUGUGGACCAAAAUAGAUCUAAACCAUUGUAAAUCCAUCACUCCACUUAUGCUCAGUGGCAUUAUUAGGAGACAGCCUGUAACCCUUGAUCUUAGCUGGACAAACGUAUCUAAAAAGCAACUGAGCUGGCUCAUCAACAGACUACCAGGUCUCCGAGAUCUGCUGUUAUCAGGGUGUUCGUGGAUUGCUGUCUCUACACUUUGUAGUUCCACUUGUCCUUUACUCCGAACCCUGGAUGUUCAGUGGGUGGAAGGAUUAAAAGAUGCACAAAUGAGAGACCUCUUGUCACCACCAACAGAUAACAGGCCAGGUCAAAUUGACAACCGAAGUAAACUACAGAACAUAGUUGAGCUGCAUUUGGCUGGUCUGGAUAUUACAGAUGCUUCUUUGAGAUUGAUCAUUAGGAACAUGCCUCUGCUUUCCAAACUCAAUCUUAGUUACUGUAACAAUGUGUCAGAUCAGUCUAUUAACAUGCUGACUGCAGUAGGAACCACCACACGUGAUUCCUUAACUGAAAUUAACUUAUCAGACUGCAAUAAGGUUACUGACCAGUGCCUGUCCUACUUUAAACGUUGUGGAAAUAUCUGUCAGAUUGAUUUGAGGUACUGCAAGCAAGUGACAAAGGAAGGAUGUGAGCAGUUCAUAGCAGAGAUGUCCGUGAGUGUUCAGUUUGGGCAGGUGGAAAAGAAACUGCUUCAAAAACUGAGUUAGUUAAAGGACAAGUGUGUAAAUAUUGGGGCAAGGGAUGGGGAAAGGUCUAAGAACAUGUAGGGAUUUUAUUUUCAAUUGGGAAACCAAAAAGAUCCAUAUCAAAGAUCAGAUUUUACAGUCUUGUCAAGGAGAGAACAUCAUUUAAACUACCCAUGUUAAGAAUUUCAACCUGUGCCACUUAAGUCAGGCUACUGGGGAUGUCCUGCGCUGGCUCAUAUGCAAAUUCAUAAGGCGACUGUUAUUGAUGAUACAUGUGCACACAUGGAAGAAGACUGAUCUUCAAGAAAUACUGUUAUUUAAAGUACCACACCAUGUGCUUGGGUAGUGUACAUUAAUUUCUGUUAAUUUCUUAAAACAAAAAAAGUUGGUGUCAUUAGAGUGGACCACACACUGUAUUUCUGCCUUCUGAAAACAUUGGCUGUGUCUACAU